GCCAGCCACGACCCUCAUUCUUGUCAUUUAGUGAAAUCCAACCUGGAUUUUCACAUCAGCACGAGUUGUUGACACCUACCAUUUCGGAAGUUUGCGCAACAAAAAACGGAUCUUACAAAAAACAAAACCAGUUUUUUUAAAAAAAUAUUUCCAAUAUCUCCGGCACCACCCAAAUUUCAGUUACUGAAAAAAAAAUCGUGUUUUGAUAGAGUCACAAUAGGAGGGGAAUUUUGGUUUACAAAAACCUAGUUCCCCUCAGAAGAUAAAAUGUUGCAGAAAUUCUGUUUGACGGCUUCUUAUGGAUUUCCUUCAGAGCUUGGUUUCCAACAAGAAUUUGUUAUGAAGGGUUGUCAACAAUUUGUGCCUUAUCAUGUAGCAAAACCAGAAAUUGUGAGAUAUCAGAGUCCUCAUCUUAGGUUGAGUUCAUAUGAGGAAUCGAGAAUGACAUCGAAAGAGUGGUUCGGUUCUAAUCAGUUUGUCAAUUUGGAGUUGUCAGCUUUGAAGCCAAUGGUUGUUGAUGUUAAAGCAACUUGUCCGAGCACAGUACUUUUCAGUUUUGGCGCCGUUGAUCGAUGCACUGAGCAUGAUAAAACUUUGCAUUGUAUCACAUCGGAGGCUGCUGAAGCAGAUAUAGGCAGUGUUCGUAAAGCUUUGUUGUCUGACUUGAUGAGUCUGCAACUUUCAGUCAUUGAUAUACCUCAAAUUUCAUUGCAUCCUCUCAUCUACCCAAAUAGGACAUUCUAUAUCUCGAAGCCUUUGCUUGAUAUUUUUCAAGAUUCAACUCUAAGUUCAAAAAUUACUGCUCAUCCAGAUGGCCAAGUCACAUUUAUGGGUACAGAAAUUGAGAUGAAUGAUUUUCUUGCUUUAGUUACUGAGUCAUACUUAUCAAAAAGCGGUGAAAAACAGUUUAUGCUUGUUCCACACUUCAGUAGGCUGAAUAUAAAUGAAGUAGAGGCCAGAAGUCAUUCCUCUACAUUGGAUAUUCACUCUGCACUGACUGUUCCUAUAAAAAGUCCUGAGAAAGUCAAAGUCAAGCCGUCACGAAAAAAGAACAAGAAAGUAACCAGGGAGAGGGAUCUGUUCAAGAAGAACUACGUUCAUGCAUGUGAAAGCCUUCUGUUUUUGCUGACUGAUAAUAGUCAUCGUCGUGAAACAGCAAUUCUUUCACUGAAGAAAUCAGGCCCAGAGCUUCCUGAACUCCUCACCCAAUUUUCUGCCGGCAUUGCUGGUGCUGGUCUUGCUGUUGUGCUAUCUGUGAUCUGCAAGCUAGCUUGCGGAAGGGUCCCCUUUUGUGCAUCUAAGGUCUUCAACACGGGGUUGGGUUUUGGGCUGGUUUGGCUUUCUUGGGGAGUAAAUAAACUGAGGAAUACAAUUGUUAACAUAAGCAAGAAUACUGGAAAGAAGGGAUUGAAAGAUGAAGAUAUGAUUCAAAAGGUGGAUAAGAGCCUAAAAGAGGUUUACUUUAGAGCUGCAGCAUUGCUAGUAGUGGCAGUGCUAAGGCUUGCUUGAGUAUUAUAUGAUCACACACAUAGUUCGAAGAGUUGUAAAUGCUACUGGUCCACGCGUAAUCGGUUAACGCAAUGACCAUUAACUGUUGUAUCUGAUUUGUUGUAUGUUCAACUCGAUGGCUGCUGAAGUGAUAACCAAGCAGAGAGUAAUCUUGGUUUCAAAACAAAUGAACCUUCACUUAACCUUUGACGUUUGACUUGAUCUUCAAUAUGGUCAUGUUUAUCAGUUAUUAGAUAGUUUCAAUCAUCCAAGUAGCGGUGAGAUAAAUUGUAAAGUGUAAGGUAGAAUUUUACAAUAAAAUGAACGGACUUAUUUAGUAAAAUAUUUCCAUUUUCUCAUAAAGGUUAGAUAUCUUUGCAUAGAUUAUCACUGCAACAGAUCUCAGCUCCUUGAAAAUGCUGUUUUGGUGUAUCAGCGAUUAAUUUAUGUCGGCAAAACAAAAAAAAGUUGUCUACAUAUCUUAAAAUUAAUGACUCUAAUUUUUUUGAUGAUACGUUUGUUUUGUCUU